UUGUUGGGAACUCCGCCACAUGGCGGAUCAUGCUCUAAAUCCAUCGAUCUAAAGUUCGACAACAUCUCACAAUCUUGUUUCCAAUGGAUAUUCUUGUAAGCACCAGGAAGGAAAUGUGGGUUCACCAUGCGUUAAAUUUGAUGAGUUCGUAGUAGCUGUGUGAUGGAAGGGGAUAGAUGCAGUGAAAAUUCGAUAACACAGAGUCUGGAAAAGAUUACCAAUUGUUCGAGAAACAUUCUAUAAAAUGUUGAGAUUCUUCACAUCAUUCACGUUUACUUCUUUGUUUUUGGUUCAAUUUAGAUAUCCAUAGAAGUUUCUUCAUCAAUUACCACUUAUACUCUCCAGUCUAUUCAACCUUACCACUCUCACCAUCACAUCACGCUUCAUCAUGAACGCUAUCCUCGGGAACUUACCAAACGGUCAUGAGCCCAAGCCCAAUCAAGGUGUCCUAGCAUACAGAGCUCCUUCCCUCUUGCAACCUCAUCGAGCACGUGAUGCCAUUCGUGAUGCUCAUGAUGGAAAGAUUCCACCUCUCAUUGGAUUCUUUGUCGGUUUACCUUGUCCACCUAUCGCAAAGAUAGCAGCUCAGUUGGGUUAUGAUUGUGUGUGGAUUGAUUGGGAACAUACUUCUAUGAGUGUUGAAACUAUGAACCAAAUGGUUCACGAUGUUCAGUUUAUGAGUGAAGGAAAGAGUUUUGCUAUUGUUCGGUAUGUAUUCAUAUAGUGUCUACAAUGAUACAUCGAUUCUAACAAAUAUCAAGUGUUCCAGGGCAUGAUCACGCAUCUAUAGGUUAUGCUUUAGAUGCUGGGGCUUCCAUUCUCGUUCCUCAAGUCGAUACAGUCGAACAAGCCAAACAUAUCGUUUCAUCUGCCAAGUUUGGAGCCGUACGAAAUGGUACUCGUUCAGCCCCUCCUGCCCGUUUUUUAAUGGGCAUCUCCGAUACCCCCAUCGACUCCACCAAAACUAUCUGGGAAAACGUAAACAACCAAGCCGCCAUAAUAAUUCAAAUCGAAACUCUGCGGGGAAUUCAGAAUCUUGAUGCUAUCCUCACUGAAUGUGGUGAAAAUAUUGAUUCCGUCUGGCUCGGAUCCUUAGAUGCGCGUGUCAGUAUGGGUUUACCUGGUAUUUGGGGUGAUGAGAAGGAAUGGACUGAUGCGAUAGCUUUGUAUGAGAGCACGCUGGCGAAACACAAUAAGCCUGCGAGUGGGCUAGCCAUGGGUUCUUCUACGGAAAUCAAGGUAGAAGCAUCAAGGGGAAAGAGUUUGGUGGUUACCGGAAGUGACAUUCUUCCUUUGAUGAUGCAAGCUGCAGAGGCUGUAGAGAUGCGUCAACAUUUAGUGGCUCAUGAUCACAGUAAGAUUUUUAAGAAGUAGUGAUUGCUGGGGAAAAAAUGGUGUAUAAUAAAGUUGGGAGACAUUUCAACACAAAUUAUCAAUGGAGAGAAAGCAUUAUCAUGUAUUAUAGAGAUUAGACCAGCCAAGAAUUGAAAUAUUCUCACCCACC